CAAGAAUCAUCGUACUAUGCAGCUCAUACCCUGACCAUUUUUCAUUAGACCACUCAUUGGGGGAUUGCUCUCCCGAUCAGCAGUCUGGCUCGGGCCUAUGGAAUAGGUAUGGCGAUAUGGCUGUGUGUUGUCGUCCAGCUUACGCUGAAGACCGGCCUGAUCCUGUGCUCCCCCUGCAUGAUAUUGUUCAUCAGAGCAGCUGCUCCCAAUCGCGCCUCGCUCGGAACGACCAAUGGAAUCGUUAUGGUGGUUGUCGCAGUAGCAAAGAUAAUCGGCCCGGCAUCUGCAGCUUCACUCUUCUCUUAUUCAUUGCAGGCGCAUGAUGUGUGGUCAAUAUACUUCUUUAUUGCAAUUGCAUUUCUCGCUGUAAGUACUGCUCUAUUGCUUCCCCGUGAUCCGAGUGUAUGGGGAAUGACUGUGUACAUUAUGAUCUGGUGUAUCAACUAUGUCCAUUGUAAGUACACAACCGCUUGUGACUUCCUGUGCCAACUUGCUUCCCUGACAGUGACUUAGCGAGUCCAGACUGGUUACGAGUCUAGGUAGACGACACGAAUGU